AAAAAAGAUAACAAGAAUAAAAAUAACACAUUUACAUAGUGAAUGAGUGAGUGGUUUGCCGGAAAAGUAAUGUCCGGCAAGUGUAUGCAUCACUAUACUACUUUUUAAAUGGACUUAAAAAACACAUACACUGCACAUUCAUUCAUAUUUUUCUAAGUGUUUAACUACAACAACUUUCACCAACUUUCAUUUGUAUUCUUAGAGGUUGGCAAAUGACAUUCAAUAUGAUAAGAAGAUAUGUGCUAGUGAUAUCAUGGUUACUAGCUACCAUUCAAGUCUCUAUUGUUGUUGGGGUUUCUCUUUCGAUUGCCGAUUUUGGAGAUGUAGAUUUAGCACCAACAUUGGCUUCUAAAACUUCUGCUGUUGGUGACCCUGGAAUGAAAAGAGAUGGACUAAGAGUUGCUUUUGAAGCAUGGAAUUUUUGUAAUGAAGUUGGUGUUGAAGCACCUUCUAUGGGUAGUCCUAGAGCUGCCGAUUGUUUUGAUCUCGUUUCGGGUGGUAAAGAUGGAUAUCGCUUAGAUCACAAAGUGAGUGAAGACGAUAACCGGCUAGGUAUAGGUGACUCGUUUUCUGGAUUAAGUCCAAAAGCACUUGAUGACCCAGACCUUUAUGCAGCCGCGAAAGAGGUUUAUCUUGGCAACCUAUGCCAAGUGGCUGAAAAUAACACAAACCCAUGGCAGUUUUGGAUGGUCAUGUUAAAAAAUGGAAACUAUGACACCACUUCAGGACUAUGUCCACAGGAUGGUAAAAAGGUGCCACCAUUCCCCCCGGGCCGAUUCCCUUGUUUUGGAAAUGGGUGUAUGAACCAACCCAUUUUAGCCCAUCAGCCAACAUCCAUCACUUGGUCUGGGCCUAAUAAAACGGUCAUUGGAUAUGGGUCAGAUUCUGUUCCUGUUAUGCAAGGCGGUUUCAAUGGCACGUAUGAUUUAGGCCCGGGGACCGGUGGUGGUGGCAAUGUUUCAUAUUUUGAAGUAACUUGGAAGAAAAGAGUUGGAGUUGGUAGUUGGGAGUUUAACCAUAAACUUAAGACAUCAAAGUCUUACCCAUGGCUGAUGUUAUACCUUAGAGCUGAUGCAACCAAAGGCUUUUCUGGUGGAUAUCACUAUGACACAAGAGGCAUGCUUAAAACACUCCCAGAGUCCCCAAAUUUCAAAAUGAAACUGAGUCUAGAUGUGAAGAAAGGUGGUGGACCAAAGAGUCAGUUCUAUUUGAUCGACAUGGGGAGUUGCUGGAAAAACAAUGGAAAACCUUGUGAUGGAGAUGUAUUAACCGACAUUACAAGAUACAGUGAAAUGAUCAUAAAUCCCGAGACCCCAGCAUGGUGCGCCCCAACCGGGCUUGGAAACUGCCCGCCUUACCACAUUACUCCCAACAACACAAAGAUUUUUAGAAAUGACACUGCAAGAUUCCCAUAUGGGGCUUAUCAUUAUUAUUGUGCUCCUGGGAAUGCAGAACACUUAGAGAAACCAUACAGCACCUGCGACCCGUAUAGCAAUCCACAGGCACAAGAAAUUGUACAGCUGCUGCCUCAUCCGAUAUGGGCUGAGUAUGGGUAUCCCACAAAACAAGGAGAUGGGUGGGUCGGGGAUGCCAGGACAUGGGAGCUUGAUGUUGGUAGCCUCGCUAGUAGACUUUACUUUUAUCAGGAUCCAGGAACUAAAGCUGCUAAAAGGGUAUGGACAUCACUUGAUGUAGGAACCGAGAUAUUUGUAAGCGACAAAGACGAAGAAGCAGAAUGGACAGUGAGCGACUUUGAUGUUAUCAUUACAUAACACACAUCGGAUGCUAAUUGCAGUAUGUAAUCCGAUUAACAAACAAGCAAUCUUUAAAAAGAGAAUUUGAUGCAAAGAUAUAACAGAAA